AUGAGUCGUGGAGGCAGAGGCAUGGGUCGAGGGAGAGGAGGCGGAGGAGGGCGCGGCGGCUUCCAGCAACGAGAUUUUGGCCCUCCGGAUACAGUGCUAGAGAUGGGGUCUUUCGUCCAUGCUGUUGAAGAUGAAAUGUUAUGCAGCUCCACUAUGCCAGACAAGGUUCCAUACUUCAACGCGCCCAUAUAUCUUCAGAACAAGUCGGUCAUCGGGAAAGUGGAUGAGAUCCUUGGUCCAAUAAACGAAGUCUACUUCUCUAUCAAAAUGGGAGAAGGCAUGAUAGCCAGCAGCUUCAAGAAGGGGGACAAGGUCUAUAUCGCUGGCGACAAACUUCUCCCUAUCGAGCGCUUUCUGCCCAAACCGAAGGCUGUCGGCGGUGGUGGUCCUGGUGGACGCGGAGGAGGACGAGGCGGUGGGUUCCAAAGAGGAGGUCCUCGAGGUCGGGGUGGGCGGGGUGGCUUUGGAGACCGCGGCGGGCGCGGCGGCUUCAGCGGGGGACGUGGUGGAAGUCGGGGCGGUGGUGGCUUCAGAGGAGGUCGCGGAGGAGGUCGCGGUUUCAGGGGCUCAUAA